GGUCUGUCAGUCCAGCGGCCAGUUCCAACUUCCAGUAGACUCAGCUCAGCUCACGCCAUGAGAUGAUGAGAUACGUAGCUGUAGCCCCGGCGUCCUUUUCUCGGCUCACAUUGUGUUGUCUGGAUGCUGUUAGUGCCAAAUCCAAUCAACUAACUGGUGAGGGCCGAGAAGUUUGUGGGUUAAGGACGGGGGGUGGGGUCAUUACUCAGUCCUGCUGUGGUGUUGUUUUGGGUCAAUUAUUGUAUUUUUUUUGUUCAAUUCUUUCCGAUCCCCUGAAUGCUUUACGUACUUGGACCGUUUCCCAUUCCCUCCCGAGACUUUCCAAUGUUUCCAUGUUUCUCGUUGUUAAAGACUUGUUGGAGGGUCCGAACGAUUGGAUUUUCCAGAGAUGCAAUCUUGGGUUGCAUCACAAAGACAUCAUAGGGCACACAGACAACGGCAAGCAACGCAAAGCGUCAGAAAGCGCGGAGCUUAGAGCAGACAGAGACGGUGGCAUCGACCAGGGCACAUCCCACCAUCCAUGAUCUUACCGUCCAAAGAGCCUGUCAACUCAGCACCAUCCUCGAAUACCAUGGACUACGACUCUACCGCUGGCCCUGAGGGAUAGGUAGAACGGAGCACUCAAUAGACCAGAGGCAAUGACAGAACAGUUAUUGGAUCUUUUGCUUCUGAUAGCCCC